UCAAUCCCCAUUCUUGCUCUCUCUGUUGUCUCUCUUUCUCUCUCUCUCUUUCUCUCUUUCUUUGUUUUUGGCUUUACUCUCUCUCUCUGGAAGCUAGCGAUUUUUGAUCUACAAUGGCCGCGAAGAGCUUCGUCACUUUGAUCCUUUUCGCUCUCUUUGCCUGUUCCGCUCUCGCUCAGGCCCCCGGUGCCGCUCCAACCUCUUCACCGAGGAAGUCACCUUCUGCUGCACCGGCUCCCAAGACUGCAACUCCAACGCCUGCUCCCACUCAAGCUCCGACUCAAACGCCACCUACCUCGGCUCCUGCUCCUGCCGCUACUGUCCCAGCCGCAGCUGCAGUCCCAACCUCGGCACCUACCAGCUCUCCUCCUGCUCCUUCAGCUCCCACCCCCACCUCAGGUCCAUCAGUGGCUCUGCCUCCGAAUGCAUUGACUCCUGCUGAGAACGCCCCCAGCGGAGCUGGUUUGAACAGAAACGGUGCUGUUUUGGCCGUUGUAGGAGCGGCAUGUGUGUGGUCUUUGUUGUUGUAGAUCUGAUCUCAUGCUUUGAAUUGCUGAUUUAGGAGUUUUCAUUUCGUAGGAUUCGAGUUUUUUUUUUAUAAUUUAUUUGUGCCUAUGGCUAUGGACGACGGUGAUGGCCACGUUCUUUACUUUUGACGGUUGAGAUUUUAUUUUCUCUUGUUUAUUGUUAUUAUUCUGAUUAUUAUGGAUUAUUACUAUUAUUUUUUUCCUA